AUGUUGACCUGUGAUCAUCCAAUUCUGCCGGAUCGGUACAACGAUCGAGUGGAGGAGCAUUUACGAGUUACUGGAUUUUAUCAUGCAUCUCAAAUUGGUGUCGUACAAAAUCAGAAAGCACUCGUGAAUGCUCUAAUCGAACGCUGGCACUCUGAUACACAUACGUUUCACCUUCCAAUUGGUGAAUGUGUCGUAAGUCUUGAAGAUGUUGCUCUAAUUCUUGGUCUUCCGACGGAUGGUCUUCCAGUUACUGGGAUGACAAUGAGUAGUUUCCCAGCGUUGGAGGUGAAGUGUUUGCAUCAGUUUGGAGUUGCACCGCGUAAGUCGGACUGUAGAGGAUGCUGCAUAAAACUAACUUGGCUGCGGGAUCUAAAAGAAAACAUUCAGUUGACUGAUGAAAUAAGUAUACAAAGGUAUGUGAAGUGUCACAUUAUGUUGCUGAUCAGGACGAUCUUGUUUGGGGAUAAAUCUGGGGCAGGUGUGCACUGGAAGUAUCUACCAUUGCUUCAUAAUUUUGCCAGUAUUGGACAGUAUAGUUGGGGAUCAGCAUGCCUAGCACACCUCUACAGGGCAUUAUGCAGGGCAUCUCGUUAUAACUGUAAGGAAAUGGAUGGUCCAAUAACACUUCUGUUCGGUUGGGCUUGGAUCCGAAUGCCAUACCUAUCGCCGCUUCCUAGGGAACCCCACAGUUUUUCACUAGCCAACAGGUGGCGUAAUUGGGAGCGUGGUGACAGACGAUAUAGAUAUCUUAAUCUAGCUCACUUUAGGAAGGCCUUUGAUGACCUCCAGGAAGGCAAGUUUCUGCAAGUACGGCGCCUUGAAUUUUCUCAGAAAGUUCGACUCUAUAUGCCUGAUGCAAAACAUAUGAAAAGCUCUAGGAGAUGA